CAAAGAAUGGGUAGGGUUUGUCAUCCCCCACUAAUUACCCAUAAAAGAAAAAGAACAAAUAAAAAAGUCCCCAGUACCAUAGUUCACAUGAAGGCCAAGAGGAAUUGUAACCUACUUGUGCCCAAGGGAAAUAGUCUUAUGUCCAUAUCCCCUACAAUGUGCUCAUGCGGUCGUCUCUAGUUCUUGAGUAGAGAUGGAAAGAGCCUCUCCACAAAGAAAAUGGGAGAGAGAGAGCACCAAUUCCAAUUCGACAAGAAGAGAUCUAAACCCCAUGUUGCUGAGCCCGUCGUUGAUGUUUUUUUAGAAGGAAGACUUCGAUCCAGUUGCAAAAAGGUGUUUGGAAACUAAUUCACCUUGAGAAUGGGCAGGUUUUCAAAUUCAAAUGUGCCGGUGGCUUAUAGACUUUAUCUAAAUUCAUAAUCCACAAAAUGGUAUUCUCAUUGUGCUCUUUUAAGCCCACAGAGAGAGCAUCAAUUCGAUGGAUCAGAACUGAGGAAAGAAGACGAGGAGCACUUUAUUCUCCACCAACGAUUGAUUACCAAAGUAAUAAGGUCCCAUCGAGGCGUGACUAAAAACCAGAGGGGAGAGAGAUAAUGAGAGAGAAUAUAUGCUUUUGUGUUGAUUGACAAUCAACGAAAGGAAUUUCGAAUAACCAACACAGAUGCUUCUUGCAGUUAUCGGGGUGAUUAAUAUAUAGCGGGCCUUUCCCUUAACUCUCACUGUACCGUCUUGUGAGCAUGGCGCACUCAUGUCUUGUGGGGGUUUCGUUGUUUGUGGUGGGGUUUUUCUGGUUUGUUGAGAGUUGCGCCGUUUCGAGGGAGAGGAUUGGUGUUGAAGGGGAGGUGGUAUGGGUGGUUCAGGUCUCUGAUCUUCAUGUGAGCUCUUAUCAUGGUGAAAGGGCUGAGGAUUUGAAGAGGCUUCUUGCCCCUGCUCUCAAAAUCAUACGUCCUUCUCUCGUUCUUAUCACUGGAGAUCUUACGGAUGCUAAAAACAUGGAGAGAACUUCCACAAGGCAAGAUGAAUCUGAAUGGAUCCAAUACAAGAGGGCUAUGGAUGCUGUUGUCAAGGAGAGUGGAAUACACAGGGAAGCUUUCUUGGAUAUAAGAGGCAAUCAUGAUAAAUAUGGAGUUCCUUAUGUUGGUGGCCAUUUGGAUUUCUUCUCAAGAUAUAGUUUAAGUUCACAGAGCAAUAGGCUAAACACCAUCCAAAGCAUGGCUCUUGUGGCAAAGGAUAGAAAAUAUGUCUUCCUGGGAAUAGACGAUUCAAUGAACAUUGGAAUCCGGGGCCCUUCAAAUCUGUUUGGGCAUCCAAGUGACCUAGCAAUUAAAUGUGUGGAGUCUGAACUUGAAUAUUGGGAUUCACAUUCUGAUACACCAGUUACCAAAAUCACUUUUGGACACUUCCCAAUGUCCUUCAUUGCUUCUUCUGAAUCAGGGAGGCGGUAUGAGAGCAUAUUUUCAAGGCACUCGGUUUCUGCUUACCUUUGUGGUCAUUUGCAUGCAAAGUUCAGUAGACGACUCUUUAGGCAUCAUUCUUUCAACUCCGCAUCUGAUACCAAGCAUGGAAAAUCUGGCCAGUUUUGGGAGUGGGAACUAGGAGACUGGAAAGAGUCUAAAUUGAUAAGAAUUCUGGCUAUAGAUGGAGGAAAAGUGUCAUUCUCUGAUAUCGAUCUUUUGACAAAAACUGGACCUAGUGAUGGUUUCCUGACAACCAUCCAUGUUAACUAUCCUCUUGAUUCACGAAGCAUGAAUGGGGUUAGUUUGGGGCAUGAUUUGCCAAGAGAUGAUGUUGGUGCUCUUGUUUUUAGUCAAAAUCUAAUUCUUAAUGUCACAGCAAAAAUUUUUGACUCAUCUCGAGCUUUUCGGUUAGUGGAAGAGGUUCCACUACAAAUAACUGGAUCUGCUAUUCCCCCAGCAUUGUAUCGUGCCAAAUUGAAUGUAGGCAGGUACACAGGAGCACCAGCAACCCGUUUUUGGCUUCAGGUUUUUGCCAUUGAUAAUCUUAACAGAGAAGCAUCAAGCACGUUGAUACCUUUCUCAGUUGAUGGUAAACUUGGGCAUUUGCAUAAGACAUGGCUGGAAUGUUUGAUAUUUCAUACAAGUUGGGAGGACUUAUAUCUUAUUCUCUUAUGGAGUAACAUUGGCUUCCUUUUCUUAUUGCUUUUUCUUCCAAAAUUGCUAAACUACUUCAUGCAAAAGAGUUCCUCUUACCAGAAAUGGGCAAUGUCGGUCUCUGUUUCUUCCCCUUUGGGCCAGAGGGGAAAAUACUUCCUGCCUCUUUGGUUCUUGAUAGAGGGAUCCCGAGAUGUGAAGAUAUGGUGCGUGAUGGCUGUUUAUCUCUUAUAUUUGCUCACGUUUCCAUGGUUCUGGGGUCAUGGUACUGCAGUGGAUAGCCCGAUUGCCAGCAUGUCUAUACAUGGGUGGAGGGUUACUAUUCCUGGCAUCCACAUUGGCGAGGAUGGGCUUGGCUCUCCUGAUGUCAUGGUUAUAAUCCUCCCUUUCAUGUAUCUCAUCGUUGGUCCUUUGUUUAUUUUGAUCUAUGGCUUGUACACUGAAAGGGCAUUGUUUUACAUACACUGCGGUGACAAAUUGAGAAGUUCUCAGGGAUCAUCAAAGUCUCCAAAGCCAAAUGGAGAUAGUAGACAAUGCAGGUCCAUCAUGGCUUCAAAUACCUCUUGCAAAGUAUGCCAAGGCUGGAUGAGGACUGCUCUAGUACUGGUAGCAUUCUGCAUUUUCUCGUGCAUUUCAGGCAAUGCACCCUUCUUGCAGCAGCUUAUGGCGUGGAAGCUGUUAUUUUUUCGCCAGGCUUCUUAUGGGCGCCAUUAUUAUUACUAGCCAUGGCAAUCUAUUCUACAGGUUCACGUAGUGGAAAUUAAAAUUGCUAGGGCCAUCUGUUUUGUAGUAUUUGAUCCAUUUGUUGGAGGCUUUCACCGGGCUCACCCAUAGGGCACGAAGAAUGUUACGGAUAAUUAGGUAGGCUCAUUAUUUGAGCUUGAUUUCUGUUACGUAUGAUAUGAUUAUGAGAUGGAAAGAACAUACCCUUAUGAAAUGAUCUUUCAUAGUGAUUAUCUUAGGAGACCCUUAUGAAAUGAUCUUCCUUACUGGUUUAUCUUUAAAUGUAGAUUCUUCUAUCUUAUUCCAUAUUAUGUAUAUAUUCUUCUUCCAUAUUAUGUAUAUAUUCAACCAUUUCCACCCUAUCAUCUUAUGUUCUUCAAUUUGAAGGAGAUAAAACGAUUUCAUAGGAUUCAAUAAUGUAAAAUUGAAGAACAUAAAAUGAUUUCAUAGGAUUCAACUAUUUUGGAUUGGCGAGACGAAUUAUGGCCCGCCAUUCUGCUCUAUCAAAGGCCAUUCCAUAUUUAUUGGAUGUGGUUUGUAUAAGGAUG